AAUGAUAUAUUACUACGAUCCAUGUGGAUAUGGUGGUGACAUUGAAAUGGAAAACAAAUGAAUCGAGAGCGGUACCGAGCGGUAAAUGAAGUGUGUGUGCCCGGUGUGUCUCUCUUUGAGAAUUGUAAAGUGUUGUCAAACGUUUAUUACGUCACUUCGACGAUGCAUUUAUGAAUAACUUUAAGAAGUGAAACUUCUCGGAAAUAUCGAAGUGAUUGUGGUAGUGGGUGUUCCUUAUUACCCAAAUUCCGGUAUUUCUAACCUGCAAAUCUGGAUGUCUCGGAGAGGACAAUGAUUGCUGCCUCCGAGCCUCAGGUAUGCACACCUGAAAGUAUAAAUGAUUGGCGUAUGCGUGGGGCGCUGGGCGCCGAGGAGGAACUGUACGCGUGCGGCCGCACGGCCGUCUGGUCGCGCGGCGGAGCCUCGCACGCCGCCGACAAGGUGGUGGUGUGCUGCUACUCGGCGGACACGCCCGUGCAGCACGCGCUGUGGUGCACGUUCCACAGCGCGACGUCGUCACUGUCCGCUGACCUGGAGGCCGAGGCGGCGCUGGCCAACGCCUCCCUGGCGGCGGCGGCUGCGGCGUCGGAGCGCCUGGGCCAGUCGGCGGCCGGGAACACGGUGCUGGGGCCGCCACCCCCGCCGCCGCCUCCGCCCCCGCCGCCCCCGGCCAGCGCCACCGCCGCCUCGCCCGCCGCCCACGACGCCGAGGACCCGCCGUUCGAGACACAAGUGCCUUGUGUAUGUAUUGUCGACAACGAGACCAUUAGGGCAUUUACCCUUGAGGGAGAAGAUUAUACAGCUGCUUUGCAGUUUCAGGUCAGUGCAGUGUGGCCAUGUCUACAUGGCCUCAUACUGGAACGAGGAACGUCACAGUCUCCUCCAUCAUCACCGUGUCCUAUACCAGGUUUCACCUCCUUCAAUUCAUCAACAGGAACCGAUGGCAUGACCGCCGGCUCUGCUCCUUUGCCUAGGGUGUUUUCCCUGAGCCAUCCACUCGAUGAAAUGGUGCCUGUUGUUGCUAAGCAUGGUUCCAAUGUUUCUGUGAUGAAUGAUGACUGCCAGAAAAUUGUGUUUACUUCUGAAAUACCUUCCAUCCUCAUGCUCUAUGAUUCUAACAUUGGACUUCACAGUGUGUGGAAAAUAAGGAAAGCAGCUCUUGAUGAGCGGCAAGCAGUGCUAGUCAACAGCAGCACAUCUACUGUACUGAACGGCUCCUCCCUAGGAACAAAUAUCGGCUCGACCAUCGGUAGCGGAGCUGGCUCCCCCACCUCCAUGCAUGGCAGCCGGCUGUCCCUGGUGGGGCGUAGUGGGUUGGGACGGUUGUCAGAGGGCCCCAGUGCACGCAACAGUAGCAGUCCCUACGGCCCCAGCAGGAACAGCCUGGGGUCUUCGUCAGUUGCCAGUGGGGUACCCAGUCCGUUUCAAACUGCCAGGGAGAGCUGGACCUAUUCUCUUCGGUCCACUCUUGGCUCGCAAUCUGCCCUCAGUCAGCCUCCGGUUCAUUCUGCGCUGAUGCACCACUCCAUGGGCAUGGGAGCGCGCAGCAUGUCGUGGCUAAGUGGCGGAGAGACUGCCUUGCAUGCAACCAGCCUGGGGCUGCAAGAUUCGCGCCUCAUGACUCCCCAGGCAGUGGACGUCAAUCAGAGAUCGUGUCCACUGCUUGCAAGCAUCUGCCUGGAACACCUCUGGUCAGAGAACUCUGGAACGCCCAGAGACAUGCCUACCGGGCCUGCCUCAAAAGUCUUUUUGACGACUGACCUGGUUGGUAAUUCCUUUCUCUGCUACCUGGUUCCUGCAUUGGGGCAAUUGUCUUUGGCACGACUCAAGUUCUCCAACCACGAGAAGCAGCUGAUCUUCGGAGCAGUCAGUUGUCUACCUGCCAAGGAUGCUGCAUCUUUACCGCUUCUGAACAUGGUAGCAGUUGUGGAGCCUUUGGGUGGAGUUGUGUUGUAUUCUGGACUGACAUUUGUGGGAAAAGUGCAUGUAGCAGGCAUCCCAUCCUCACUUGCAACCUCUUCGUACCUUGCAGGUUUUGGUUCGCCAUUUCCCAAGAGAAGUAGCCUGAUGGCUUCCAGCCGCCCGGCGUCUGCCCUCGAUCCCAACCCUUCCUUUGACGACGAGCUGCAUCAGCUCUCUCCCGUGCCUCUGGCAGGAGGGGUGUCCCCUCAGCCGGCCUCUUUGCCAGCCGGUGCCACUCCUGUCUCCACACGCACCGGCACAGCAGGCCACAUGCGUCUCAGCGGGGUGCUCUUGACCAACGUGCGGCUGCGGCUGGACAGCGAAGGAGUCAUAGAAGGGGAAGUGACUGGAGGAUUACGUAAGGGGCAGCUGGUGGCCCUUAGGGAUGCUGUGGACAAAAGAGUCACCUUGGAAUUAAGUGAUGGAUCCAUGUUUAGGAUUUCCUUACCUGAUCUUUGUUCAUCAGCUCUGGUGGAAAGUAAUGGGGUAUGUUGUGAGAGUAAGGAAAAGUCUGGAAUCAGUGAAACCUGUGCUCAUCAAGGUGGUUUAAAUUUAAGAAAUGCAAAAAGUGAAUCUAGAUCUGGAAUUUCCCACCAGGGACAUGAGGUCAAAAUUGGUUACUUGAACAUACAGGGCAUGGAAAAGAAACUGGCAGCAGUCAAUGAUUUUGCAAUUGAAAAUAAUUAUGAUAUUUUAUGCUUAAGUGAGCACUGGUGCCUAAAAGAAGAAAUAGUGUUUAAGAAGCUGGAUGAUUAUCAGCUUGGAAACAAUUUUAGUAGACACGAGCACAAACAUGGUGGAGUGAGUUGUGUGGUUAUGAAGUGGAAAAGUUGGCCCUUGCGCGGGGACCAAGUGAAGGAGACCUUACGAACAUCACUAGCAGUGGGGCAGGGCAGCAUCGGGGCAGCACUGAGGGCACUGCGCUUGGCAACCUCAACGGCAUCAGCAACGGGAGUACGCUCAGAACUUCAUUCUGCUGUGGGUCCUGGCCUCUCAAACAUAAUAGGAUUGCGACGCGCCCCACCACCAUCGACUGCUACAAGUGCGUCUUCUGCAGCCUCCUCGGCAGCUGGACGCAUGAGCUUUGAUGCUCCUCUACUGUCAUCUCUACCUCUCAUCACCUACUCGUUGCAUCUGCUCUAUGAGGAGUUAAAGCUCAAUGCUCUGUUGUCAGAGAGCAUGCCCAUGUUGGCCACACUACUUCACCAGCUGGCAGGGGAUCUGCAGCUGAAUGCGUAUUGCCAACAUUACUGGAGAGAUUUCCCUCUACAGUGCACCCCUCUUAUGAAUCAGUUGGCAGCACUUAUUACUCACGGUGCCCAGAUGCCUCGCAUCCAACUGGAGGGCUUUGUGCGGCAGUUGGUGCCACCUGGCACGUGCGUGGAGACGCCAUCUAUUCUCUCCACCAGGGACUCUGCACCCAGUGCAGCGUAUCCAUUUCCCCAGCGUGCUGUUCUGCUCAUGACAGAGAUGGGCAUUACCAGAAGGGAACUACAGACACUGCCUGCUGGUAUUGCAUUGCUUCUUAGCGAUGUGCUUCACCGAUGUCGUCAGUCACCACCGUCAAAUUGGCCUCGCUCUGCAUACGAGCUCAUUCUCCGUCAGGACCUUGCAGCCCUAAGCACACAUGCACCAGCAUCUAGCAGCCCUCAUUCCAGUGGAAGUUCCUCUCCCGCCAGCAAUAACGGAGCUGCAUCUGGGGGCAGCACAUCAACAGCCGCAGUAGCUGCUACAACAGGAAGCAGCGCAGCUGUAGUGGGUGGAGGUGCAGCUGCAGUAGCAGCAGCUGCAGGUGCUGCAUCAGCUGCAGGCAAGUCGGCUGCGGCAGCUGCUGCAGCUCGUGCUCCAGAAAGCGAGGAAGAAGACGGCAUGGAGACGGUGGACUCUGAGAUCCUGCGACUACGCUUCAGUCAGGACCAUCGUGUGGCAGAAGUACGGCGCCUUCUGCAGUCCUCACAGCCUGUUCGAAUUGACAUCGCCCAGCGACCUGAAGUAUCUGACCAUGAGUUCAUUGAAGAGCAGGAGCGCCAUCUUUAUGCAAUUUGUACUCGAACCAUGGCACUUCCAGUUGGGAGGGGAAUGUUCACCCUCCGCACCGCUGUGCCCGUGGUGACAGAGGCACUGCCCAUCCCGCGGCUGUGCCUCACGGGCAGGGCUCCACCCAGAGGCACCACCGUGGAUCUGUCGCACAUUGAGGUGGUGCCCAACAUGAACAUGUGGCCCCUCUUCCACAAUGGUGUGGCAGCAGGACUGCGUGUAGUACCUCAUGCACCGGACAUAGAAUCCUCCUGGAUUGUGUACAACAAGCCCAAGGGCACCCAAGAUGUAUCAACGGAGCAUGCAGGCUUCUUAAUGGCCCUAGGUCUGAAUGGACACUUGGGCAACCUGGCUCGUUGGAAUGCGUAUGAGUAUUUAGCAAAAUGCCACGAGAUGACAAGUGUCGGGCUUUUGCUUGGGGUCGCUGCUAACAAGAGAGGGACAAUGGACAUCACAACAACAAAAAUGCUGUCCCUUCAUCUGGAGGCAUUGUUGCCACCUACCUCCAUAGAGUUAGACAUCCAACAGAACGUGCAAGUGGCAGCCCUGCUGGGUGUGGGUCUGGUGUACCAGGGGACUGCCCACAGACGCAUGGCUGAAGUCUUACUCUCUGAAAUCGGUCGUCCACCUGGUCCUGAGAUGGAGAACAGCGUGGACCGCGAGUCGUACUCCCUGGCGGCUGGUCUGGCUCUGGGGCUGGUCGUUCUGGGCCGAGCGUCUCACCUCUCUGGCCUUGCAGACCUUCAGAUCCCGGACACUCUGCACUACUACAUGGUGGGCGGCCACAAGCGGCCCUUCACAGGUUCCCAGAAAGAAAAGUACAAAUCUCCCAGUUACCAGAUCCGAGAAGGAGACCAAGUCAGCAUAGACGUCACCAGUCCAGGAGCAACACUUGCCUUGGGGAUGAUGUUCUUCAAUUCCGGCAACAGGGCGGUGGCAGACUGGAUGCAAGCACCCAGCACACAAUACCUGUUGGACUUUGUGCGGCCUGACUUCCUCCUGCUGAGGAUAGUUUCGCGUGCACUUAUUUUAUGGGAAGAAGUGCGCCCAACAAGUGCCUGGGUAGAGUCAAAUGUACCAGCCUCCAUAAGGCCUUACUGCUUAGUGAAGCCCCAACAGUCGCCUUCUUCAGACUCUGUGGACUACGAGACAAUGAACCAAGCCUACUGCAACAUCCUCGCUGGUGCAUGUAUGGCCCUAGGGCUGAGGUACGCUGGUUCCUCUGACCACGACGCAUUCACCACCCUCAUGAAGUAUGCGAGGAUGUUCACUUCGCUCUCUGGAAAGUCAAUUGCAGAGUUGGCUGGGAAGUCCACUAUUGAAACUUGCCUCAAUGUCAUUCUUCUAUCUCUUGCCAUGGUGAUGGCCGGGUCGGGCGACCUGGAGGUGCUGCGCCUGUGCCGGCGGCUGCGCGCGCGCUGCGGGCCCGCGGGUGCCGGCAGCGUGGUGACGUACGGCUCGCACCUGGCCACGCACAUGGCGCUGGGGCUGCUGUUCCUGGGCGGCGGGCGCUGCACGCUGGCCGCCUCGCCGCCCGCUGUCGCCGCGCUGCUCUGCGCUUUCUUCCCCAAGUUCCCCACGCACUCCAACGACAACAGGUACCACCUGCAGGCGUUCCGCCACCUGUACGUGCUGGCGGCGGAGGCGCGCCUGGUGGUGCCCCGGGACAUCGACACGCGCCAGCUGUGCUACGCGCACCUGCGCCUCGUGCUGCUGCAGCCCGGCCACGCGCGGCCCUCGCCGCUCACGCUGCGCGCGCCCGCCAUCCUGCCCGAGCUGUCGCGCCUCCUCGAGGUUGUUGUGGAGGAUGAUCGUUAUUGGAGAAUUGAAUUUAAUAGGAAUUCAAAUUGGGCACAAUUGGAAAAUGUGCUUAACUCUUCUGGUUGUGUGGAUGUGAAGCAAAGAGCAGGGUGUCUGUCAUACCUAGAGGAUCCUCAGGGUUAUCGCACCAUGCUUGCUGAAACACUGACUCUUGACCCAGCCAUCUCCUGGUCUGUCAAGGCAGAGUCCAUUAGUGCCUUUUCCUCUGACCCGUCAGUGGUGAACUUUGCCAAACAUUUUCUGGAGCAACCGGAAGGAGAAGAGCGAGACACGUCGAGCACCUGUGAGAAGGAACAGGUCCAGACGCUCACACGGGUUGUCUACGAAUGCAUAACCCAGGACAAGCUGGCCAUCCUUCCUGUUUGGAUCACCUUACAAAAGGCCGUGCAGAGUCUGACGUCAACGCCUUGCUCCUUUUUGACGUGGCAACUAAAGCUGGUGACCGCCCAGGUGCUUCACCUGGAGGCGCCUGCAAGCAAAGAGAAUGGCAGCAGCACCUUGGCACCGCUGGUGUCCCCUGAGCUGGCCCUCGCGCUGCAUCAGCGUGUGUCGAGCAUCCUGCUCUCCUGGGAAGCAGAAUUGGAACCCUAUCUAAGAAUGUAUGUACGGGGCCAGUAUCCAUCUGAUGUCCAUAUUCUGAGAAAGCUGACAUCUUAUAUUAUCUACCAUGACAUUCCACCUCCUCAUCUUCUGCAGAGUCUUCUGGGAAAACCUGCUAGUCCCCUUGUGCUUCGGUCUCUGCUGAUGUCUCAACAACCCACCAUCGGAACUCUUUCCAGAUUAUCAUCUCUUCUGGUCUAGUUCCUACAGUUGUACUACAGGACGUAAAGUAUUAUUUCAACAACAUUGUGCCACUUUGAAGCAGAAUCUCUUGACUUUGUAUUUAUUUUACCAAUUCGUAUGUGUUAUUCUGUCAUUGGAAUUACUCUUUGCAGGGUCUCUUAGAAUGUAAUUAUCAAUUAUUCUCAAUAUUUCUUGGGAAUGUGACAUAUUGUAAAUAAGUUUUCAUAUUUUUUUUUGUAAGUAUAAAUCUUAUCAUCUUGAAGUGAUGUUGAUUAAAGAGAAAAACCUCAGAUUAAGAUACAAAAUAGAGAGGAUAAUUUUGCACAAAGAGAUUACACCCUGAUAGUUGAAGUGUAGUGUGGUUUAUCCUGCAGCAGUCUGGAUUUCUAAAAUGUUCUCUAAUUGUAUAUGAUCUCCAAAAUAAAAGAUUCGUUUUGGAUUUCUUGUACUGUAUUGUAGAUACGCUUUAGAAAUUAAACACUUGCACAAUUUUGUAAAUGUGCCUUGUUGAAUUGUGACCUCAUUGAAACACCAGAAUCCAAUUUCUGUUGCUGGAAUUAUGAAUUGUAUUGAGUUGGAAACAAGGCUGCCUUGGCCAAUUGUAAAGUACUUUCAAAACGUUAAUGAUUUGAGGAAGAAGUUCAAUUUUUAAUUUAAAUAAAUAACUUGUUUUCUAA